AUGUCAACAUCCUCAACUGUCUUCUCGACCUUCUUUCAGCACUUUGUAAACAGCAACCUGUCUCGCGAAUCCGGCGGUUAUGUCUACCAACCUAGAGGCAUGGAGCUCAAAAUCAACGCCCCGAUGGACGACAUGCCAAUCCAGUACAUGCCUGACGGUUCCAUAGCGCCAAAGUUCGAAGACAUUGUCCGCAACACCAGUGCAACAACAACAGCGGAAUUAAGCACCCAGGUCGAAGUGCUUCAGAUGAAUCUCGUCGCGUUCUGGAUCGCCACAAGCAUCCUAAUCUGGCUUAUCAUCACCAUCAUCAUCCUCGGAUCCGUGCAAAGAAAAUACUACGGCGGUAUGAUGCGCAACAUCGAAUGUAUUGCCGACGUACUGGUUCUUAUCGCUGGAAGCGAACGUUUGCUUGACGUUAUCAGAGAGAAGGGCUUCGAUGCUAUAGUCAAGGAGGACAAGAUGUUGACGCGUAUGGGAUGGUUUCGAGAUGUUGAUGGAACUAUGCGAUGGCGGAUUGACUUGGUUGAGGAAAAGCAAGUUAAGGUGCAGCCUAUUCGUUUGGGCCCUGGGUAUACGCCCGUAAUGGAUGGCGAUGGGGUGCGUGACGUAGAUGCUGUGUCGGAUCGUAGCGUCUCACCACCGGGUAGCAACGACGAAGGCCAUGUAGAUGCUGCGUUGGGCGCUGGCGUCACUAGGUCGGGAUGA